AUGACACUGUUACACAUUUACUGUAACAUUUCGGGACAGUCCAUAUCGUUUUAUGUUGUGGAUAAUGCUUGUCGAAAUAUUGACUUGAUUAAUGCAUUGGAUCAUAUGUAUCCAGAUCGAUAUAAAUGUAUAAUAGAUAGAAAUGAAUUAAUGGAUAAAAUUGAAGAUUCAAAACAAAUAGCAAAUAGUCUGAACCAGAGACAAAUGUACAUUUUUAUUGUUGAUACAUUUGAUAAUGAUGAUUGUUUAUUCAAACGUGAUCAGGAUUUAUAUAUAAUCAGUUCAGAAUUAGUGUUAACAUGUGCCGAAAAGAAAAAAGACGUUCCCGUGCCCAAGUUAAAUCGUCCACUUUAUUGUGAACAUUUAUCGUCAGCUGUUAUUUGUUUUGUGGCUUUCCGUGAUCAAGAUAAAUUGCAACGUUUGUGUGAUUAUGUACAUUAUCUUGGUGGUAGUGUUAGAAAGGAUUAUUCUGAUAAAAUAACACACGUGGUGGCACAUGCAAAUUUGGGUGAAAAGUAUCUUACAGCAUUCAAUAUGGAACGUAGUGAAAUCGUCACAGAAGAAUUUCUAACAAAUUGUUGGCGUGAACGUAAUAAUCGUUCAUUUGAUCAUCGAACUACAGUUGAAAAAUAUCGAACAAAACCAUUUCAUAAUCUUCGAUUAUUCUUUUACGGUUCUACUAAUGAUGAUGAUAGACAAAAUAUGGAAAUGUUAACAUUACAGAAUGGUGGUUAUAUAACAUCUAAUUUGAAUGAUGCAACGCAUAUUGUUAUAUCGAAUGAUUGUGAAACAUCAUUUACAGAAACAUAUCCUGAUUACGUCAAACAACCAAGACAAUACUGUAUUAAAGCACAAUGGUUUUGGGAAUGUAUUUUACUAGUUGGAAAAGCUGAUGAAUCGGCCUAUCGAGCAUUUCCUCAUAAAAGUCAAGAUAUUAGUAUGCAAAAUACAAUCUCACCUUCAAUUACAUUUUGUUCAACACCACCUACCAUACAACCACAAAAUACUACUCGAAAACGUCGAGUACAACAUAGUGAAUUUGAUGGUAAUAAUGCAACACCACGUAAACGUCGAUCAACAGAGAAUAAUUUAGAAAAUAAUAACAGUUACAAUAAUACGUUUACAUCACCUAUAUUAAAUUUGAGUAAAUCAACGAUUGACGAUCCUAGUCCAGACAAGCGGAAAAAAGACAAUCGAUAUUUGAUUAUAAUGGAAUUAUAUGAAACAGAACGAAAUUACGUGACAAUGUUAAAAAGUAUCAUUUGUAUCUACAAAACUGAAGUUGAAAAAGAAUCUGAUAGAAAUGGACCGAUAUUAAAUCCAAUUGAAAGUUCCUUUUUAUUUGGUAAUAUCCAAGCAAUUUAUGAUUUACAUGUUGAAAUAUGUUCAAAAUUAGAGCACCUAAUAUCAUUAACAACACAAAGUGUUGGAGUAAUUUUUAUUGAUAAUUCUAUUAAAAUCUUGAAAGUAUAUGAACCAUACACAAAAUUUUAUGAUAAAACGGUGGAAACAAUACGUUAUCUAGAAAAAACGAAUACACGAUUUUAUGCAUAUUUAAAGAUUGCUCAACAUAGACAAGAACUUGGUAAACAACAAUUAAUCGAUUUAAUGAUUAGACCAGUUCAACGUCUGCCAAGUAUUUUAUUAUUGUUAGAAAGAUUAUUGAAAUACACACCAUCCUCUCAUAUGGAUCAUGAACCAUUAGCUAAAGCAAUUGAUAUAGUGAAAAAUAUUGCUAGAAAAUUAAAUGAAGAAAGAGGAAAAACUGAAAAUCAAGUAACAAUGUUUACAAUUGUGAAUAAUAUUGAUAAUUGUCCACCUGAAUUAUUGUCAGCACAUCGCCAUUAUAUAGACAAAUUUGAUUUGAUUGAAUUAUCACAAGAAUUGGGUGGAAAAGGAACACAUUUAACGUUAUUUUUAUUCUCUGACUGCAUUGAAAUUACAAAAGUACGAAAUAAUACAUGGAAAACAGUUAAACUUACAACAACAACAACACCACCGAACCGUACUGGUACUAUACGAACGCCAACUAAAACAGCAAAAUCAUAUAAACAUAUCGUAUUAGUACGAUUGAAUAAUGUCAAAGCUCUAUUCGAUAUUUCAUCGUCAUCGGUUGACAAUGAAAGUGAUGAUCAAUUGGGUAUGAUAUGUUCAAUUGAUGGAUUUGAACGCCGUCUCUUAUUUACACGUAUCAAUGAUGCAUUAUCAUUAGUUACAAAAAAUGAUAUUUUACAAACAUUAGCAAAAGCAAUAUCUGAAGAAAAAUGUCUUACAAAUACAGCGACAUUUAUUCAAACAAUCGAUUCUAGUGAAUUAUUUUUUCCAUCAUCUAUUUCAACAACGUCCACAACUUCACUAUCAUCAUUAGAAUAUUCCGCUUCAGUUACUAGUAAUACAACAUCAUUAUCGUCACGUAGUUCGAAUGCAUUAACUAAUGCUGUCAAGAGAUGUGCACACAAAGUGAACAAACGACUUAGUCGUGCACUCUCGUUCAGUCCAUCAUCAUCAACAAAUCGAAUGAAAAAAAGUGUCACACAAAUGUUAUCGAGUCCAUUCAAACCGUCAAAUGACAAUUUUAAUUCAAUGAAACGUUUAAGUAUACCCUAUAUGGAGGAUUCAUUUCAUUCUCCGGAUGAGAUGGAUGAACGAAUGGAUCAUCAAGGAAGAAGUGAAACGUCUACCCCAUUAGUGAUGCAAUCCAUCAAAGAGAGUAAAUUGUGA